UAAGUUCUGUUGGAGCUGAGAUUCAAAUAUGGUGUUUAAAUUCUUACUUCAUUUGAGAUGAUUUUGUUUCAUUUUCUCGUUUUUUCUCAUUUCAUUCCUUCUAUUAUCAUAUAUUUUACAUGCAACUAUUCAUCUUAUAAACCUUGUUUUGAUGCAGUUUCUUUCCAUACUUGUCUGGUCAUUACUGGGUACUUUUACUGCAACUGUGGGUACUGAAACUGACAUUGAUUGCUUAAAAUAUAUUAAAGCUUCCUUGGAAGAUCCUUUUGGUUACUUGAAAUCUUCGUGGGACUUCACCAACAAAACAGAAGGCUACAUUUGUAGAUUCAGUAAAGUGGAUUGCUGGAAUAAUUUGGAGAACAGGGUUUUAAAUCUCAGACUCUCUGGCCUGGGGCUCAGGGGCCGAUUUCCUCUGGGGAUUCAGAAUUGUACAAGCUUAACAGGCUUAGACCUUUCGAAUAAUGAGCUUCAGGGAUCAAUUCCAUUUAACAUCUCAAUAAUACUACCAUUUAUUACAAGCCUUGAUCUAUCCUCCAACAAUUUCUCCGGUGAAAUCCCAUCAAAUAUUGCCAAUUGCUCUUGUCUAAAUUUUCUUAAACUAGACCACAACCGUCUAACAGGUCAUAUUCCUGAACAAAUUGGUUGGCUUACUCGGCUAAAGGUCUUUAGUGUCAGUAAUAAUCUAUUAUCAGGGCCAGUGCCAAGGUUUCAGAACGUUACAAUUUCAGCUGACAGCUACGCAAAUAACGUUGGACUCUGUGGAGGGCCACUGGAAAGAUGCAGAGUACGUCAUCCAAGGAAAUUUGAUUAUUCAUUCAACAGUGGGUUUGCGAUUGGCUAUGUGGUUUUUUCGGUUUCAGUUGUAACUGUGUAUGCAUCAUAUUGUGUACCUUGGGUGAAGGUGGGGAAAAGGAGUAAGAUGAUCACAGUUGCAGCUAUGGUCAUGUUGAUGAUCAGAAGGAGCAAGCACAAGAAAACAGAAGUUGACCAAUUGGGUAGCAUGUCAACUAUGGAGUUCCUUCUAGAGACACAGAUUUCUCGCUCAGAAAAGUAUAUUACAAGGAUGAACUUCAGGGAUCUCAGCAAAGCUACAGAAAAUUUUAGCCAACAAAAUAUCAUUGGGGUGGGACAAAUGGGGACCAUGUACAAGGCAACCCUUCCUAACGGUUGGUCUAUUGCAGUGAAGAGAUUAUCAAAUCUCAUUGACUUAGAAGAACACUUUGACUUGGAAGAACAGUUCAUGUCUGAAUUGAAGACAUUAGGUAAAUUGAGGCAUGAAAACUUACUUACACUUUUUGGAUUCUGCGUAGAGUCAAAGGAGAGGCUUCUGGUGUAUAAAUAUAUAUCAAAUGGAAACCUUUUCGAUUGGUUACAUUCAACGGAGGACAAGAAGAAGAUUCUUGAGUGGCCGUUGAGGGUGAAAAUUGCAGUUGGUUUAGCUAGAGGAAUGGCAUGGCUUCACCAUGGCAACAAUUUUCGUGUGGCUCAUCUUAACAUAAGCUCAAAAUGCAUUUUACUUGAUCAGAAUUUUGAACCCAAGUUAUCAAACUUUGGAAAGGCGAUGCUCAUCAAUCCAAAUGAGAUCAAUUCGAGCUCGAGUUUCUCUAUAGAUAUUGAAUUUUGGGAGCAGUGUUAUCUCAAGGAAGAUGUUUUCUACUUUGGAAUUGUGCUGCUUGAACUAAUCACUGGGAAGAAGGCUACUUCUUUAACCAAUUCAGAUGAUGGAAGUUUGGAUAAAUGGAUAAGUGAUUUUUCUUCUAGCUUCUUUUGUCUAUAUGAUGCCAUUGAUAAUCCUAUAAUAGGGCAAGGACAUGAUGCUGAGAUUUUUGAGUUCCUUGGAGUUGCAUACAAGUGUGUACAGGGCCUUCCGGAGCAGAGGCCCAGCAUGCUUGAUGUGUACAAAACAGUAAGCAUUAUUGGAGAGAGAUAUUACCUUGCAGACAAUUCAGAGAUAUCUGAGCAAACAGAAAGUAUCUAAUUUUACAGAUAAAUGUGCUGAUGCUGAUAGAAAAGAGAUGAACUGAAGCAGUUUUGUCUAUUUGUAUUCACAUAGGAAAACACAAAGCAAAUUUUCUUACAGGACAUGUUAUUCUGUUCUCUAAAUGCAUAUCAGUGCCUGGCAGUUCUGUGUAAUAGCACUUAUGAAGCAGUUUUGUCUAUUUAUUUGUUUUGUUUUAUUUCAAUUUUUAUUAUUCUUAAUUUAGCAGGAAACUUUUGUUUUUGAUCGAAUUAUAUGCCUAAUCCUUGCUGAUAAUACUUAACAAUUCAGAAGAUAUUAUAUUUCAAAGCUGAUGAGUAAUGUGAUUCUCCAUAGUGACAAAUGUUUAGUGGACCACAAAACCUUCUCUCUUCAUCUUGUGGAAGAUGAGUAUAAGUUCAUGAGAUGGCC